CCUCAUCACGCUCUUGCGAAUACUACCUUAGUUUGCAACUACGAUAAAAGACAGCUGGAAGAGAAUUCUCCGUUUUGGGUUACAUCGUCAGUAUCAGGCAUAAAUCAAGUGACGUGCGACCACGUACCUUAUCUCGAUGUUUCUUCUGCUGUCGCCAACCUUAUCGGAGAAAGCCUGUUUAUCAACCCUGCUGUCAAAUCGUUGCGACAGUAAAUCGCAAGCGACAAUAUCACCCGACUUUAACUCAUGAGUAGUUCAAAACCCAAUAUUCGGGUUCAUUAUUUCCGGGAACUGCUCUCGCCUGUGUUUAUGAGAGUGUUAUUUUGAGUUGAUAGACCUGACAGCUGAUGCUUACAUCGCGCGCCUUACUUGUGAACUGCUCUCGCCAUGUGUUCUUGACAGUUGCUAUGAUCGUCGUUGCUGAAACAGAUCUGCAACGUUGCAAUCGGCCAUGUAUGACCGCAGUCUCUCCAUUAACCACGGCUAUGAUCGCCUUUCCGCAAUGUAAUUCAAGUCAUUGCAGCCUUGAAAAAAGUCAUUUGAGUAUUCUGCACAUGUUCUUUCUUCCAUCGCUGCAACUCAACAUGUCUUUCAAAACCCUGCUGAGACGAGUCGAUGACUUUGGAAAAUGACGGGUUUCCUCUUAUCUGCAGAUUAUGUAUUUGACAAAAUGUUUUAAGAAUGAUUUCGGACGUAUAUAAUACUCCUGAAGACCGAUAUUCGGCCAAAGGAUCAAUAACAAUCACAACAUCGAAUCACAAUCGCACCACAUAAACAUUUCCCCUUACGCAACGCAACAUUCACAAUGGUCGCACUCGACGAUAUGACUUCUGGCAUUCCCGCCCUUGUCGUUCCAGCCAACAAUGAUGACAUCUCUGAGGAGGCGACGGGUAGCGUCAACGCCGUUUACUUUGUCAACUGGGGUAUCUAUGGGCGUAACUAUCAACCCCAGAACCUUCCCGCAUCGCAACUGACUCAUGUGCUUUAUGCUUUCAUGAAUGUGAGAGCUGAUGGGACUGUCUACACUGGAGAUUCCUAUGCCGAUCUUGAGAAGCACUACACUGGUGACUCCUGGGAAGAGCCCGGUAACAACGCAUACGGAUGCGUCAAGCAGCUCUUCCUCCUCAAGAAGGCCAACCGAAAGCUCAAAGUCAUGCUAUCCAUCGGCGGCUGGACCUGGUCAACCAACUUCCCAGCUGCCUCUGCCUCAGCUGCUACCCGAUCCACCUUCGCCAAGAGCUCCGUUACUCUCAUGAAGGACUGGGGCUUCGACGGUAUCGACAUCGAUUGGGAAUAUCCUGCCAACGCUACCGAUGCCAGUAACAUGAUCCUUCUACUCCAGGCCGUGCGCAGCGAGCUCGACUCUUAUUCCAAGCAAUAUGCCAAUGGAUAUCACUUCCAGCUUUCCAUUGCUGCCCCUGCUGGUCCUGAUAACUACAAUAAGCUCAAGAUGAAGGACCUCGGAUCGGUUCUCGACCAUGUCAAUUUGAUGGCUUAUGACUACGCCGGGUCUUGGAGCGCCUUCUCGGGGCAUCAAGCUAACAAAUACGCCAACACCAAGAUCCCCAACGCGACGCCGUUCAACACUGACCAGGCCGUCAAGGCUUACGUCAACGGUGGCGUUCCGUCCGCCAAGAUGGUUCUCGGUAUGCCCAUCUACGGCCGCGCAUUUCAGAACACUGCCGGUCUCGGGCAGCCAUACUCUGGUGUCGGAUCUGGAAGCUGGGAGAACGGUAUCUGGGACUACAAGGCCUUGCCCAAGGCUGGAGCUAGUCUUGUCUAUGACCGCGAUGCUCAGGCCUCUUACAGCUAUGACUCCAACACUAAGGAGCUUAUCUCCUUCGAUACCCCUGGUAUGGUCGCGAACAAGGUCCUUUACAUCAAGAACCGUAAGCUUGGUGGCAGCAUGUUCUGGGAGGCGUCUGCUGACAAGACUGGUGCUAACUCGUUGAUCGGCACCAGCUCCAAGAAGCUUGGAACUCUUGAUAGCACUAACAAUUGCUUGACCUACCCUAACUCUCAGUAUGCCAACAUUGCCAAGGGGCUUUCUUGAAGAGACAGUGGCAACACAGUUGUGUUCGUGAGAACAAGGAAGGGUACAGCUUAGCUUUUGGGGAUGCGCACUCGUGGCAUAGACUCAAAUUAUUAUACCUUCGCUUUAGAUAUUAAUAGACAUUCGUUUAGCAUUACUUCUGGACGAUAUGUAGCGGCAUAGUGCCGCAACUUUACUGUGUGCCUUCGAACGAAUUAGAUCACAGCUACGUAUAUGUUUACACCAACAUUACCUAUGCUGAACUUCUC